AUGAGUCCAUCCAAGUACGAUAAGGCCCAUGGACAGGCAUCCAAGUACACCAGGGGAGACUCUUCUGAUAAUGAAGAGAAAACUUAUGGCUAUGGUAGUCGGAUAAGCUAUUUAAACUUGAAAAACAUCUUUUAUAUUGGUUCUAUUUUGGCAAUUAUAAUAUGGGGGUCUUCAUUUCUUAUCAUGACUAUAACUAAUUUGAAGAGUGUAACUUCUAUUAACACUAGUGUGAUUGAGGAAUAUUUAAAGAAGAAUUCACCUCCUUUAAAUACUCAAAAUGACCAUAAGAUAUUUCCUAAUUCGAUUGCUUUUGAUAGUGGUGAUAAGAUACCGCUUAAUUUUUCAGCCACUAGAUCUGGUAAAUUCACUCCAAAUUUCAAACAAUUACAGUGGAUUAAAGAACCAGAAUCUAUUUCAAAUGAUAAAGGGACUUUUGUUUUAACUGAACGAGUAAAUGAUCAAACUAGAUAUUUGAUUAAAAGUAUUGUUGAUGAAACUUAUGAAAAAGUUUUAUAUAAUGAUAGUUCUUUUGUUUAUGCUCAUAAUCUUUAUAAUAUCGAUGAUUUAAUUGCCUCUCCUGAUUUAACUAAAGCAAUUUUGAAAACCAAUACUACUAAAAAUUGGAGACAUUCAUCUAUUGCAUUAUAUUGGGUUUUAGAUGUUUCAACUAAUAAUAUCGAACCUCUUUAUAAUGUUAAAGAUAAGGUUGCGGUUACUAAUUGGUCACCUACUUCUUCUCAUAUUGCCUUUGUUUAUGAAAAUAAUGUUUAUAUUAAAUCACUUAAUAAUAAACUGGAAAUAACUCAAGUUACUUUUGAUGGAAGUGAAAAUAUUUUCUAUGGUAAACCAGAUUGGGUUUAUGAAGAAGAAGUUUUCGGGACUGAUUUAGCAUUAUGGUGGUCGCCAGAUGGAUCCAAGAUCACAUUUUUGAAAACUAAUGAUACUUCAGUACCAGAUUUUACCUUAUCUUAUUAUGUUCAAUCUGGUUAUGAAGAUUAUCCAGAAAUAUCAAAAAUUAAAUAUCCCAAAGCAGGAUAUCCAAAUCCAAUUGUUGAUAUAAUCAUAUAUGAUUUGAAAGGAUUAGAAGAAAUUUCAAGUACUCAAUUUAAAUCAAAUCAAAUUAAAGAUAAAUUAAUUACUGAAGUUGUUUGGGUUUCAAAUAAUAAUAUCUUAGUUAAAACAACAAAUAGAGCAAGUGACUUACUAGAAAUAUUCUUAAUUAAUAGUGAUUCAAAUGAUGCUAAAUUGAUUAGAUCGCAUAAAGCUGAAGGAUCUUGGUUUGAAAUUACUUCAAAUACUUUAUUCAUUCCUAAAAAUGAAUCGUUAGGUAGAGAAAAUGAUGGUUAUAUUGAUACUGUUGUACUCGAUGGAUAUAAUCAUUUAGCUUAUUUUUCUCCACCAACUAAUCCCAAUGGAAUAAUUUUAACUAAAGGUAAGUGGGAAGUAAUAAAUGGGGUUUCUUCUUUUGAUAAUAUUAAAAAUAAUAUAUUUUUCACCGGUACUCUCAAAUCCUCAAUUGAAAGACAUAUUUAUUCAGUUAAUUUAUUAGAAGCAAUUGCCAAUACUAAAGACUUACCAAAUAUCAAUAAUAUAACUGAUACUUCAAAAGACGGAUGGUAUUCAGGAUCAUUUUCGUCUGGAUCACGUUACUUGUUACUAUAUUAUGAUGGACCAAAUGUACCAAAUCAAAAGUUAGUUGAUUUACAUAAUUUUAAAUUUUUACAAACGAUUGAAUCAAACAAUGAAUUGAAUAAUAACUUACAAAAAUAUCAAAUUCCUAAAGUAAGAUACAGUGUUAUUGAGAUUGGAACCGAUGCAAAAACUGGAGAAAAAAUUAAAGCAAAUGCAGUUGAAACAUUACCCCUUAAUUUUAAUCCAAAAUAUAAAUAUCCAGUAUUAUUUUUUGUUUAUGGUGGACCAGGAUCUCAAUUAGUUACCAAAGAAUUUUCAAUUAGCUUUAGUUCAGUUGUAGCGGCUGAAUUAAAUGCAAUUGUUGUUACUGUUGAUGGUAGAGGUACUGGAUAUAAUAAUCACCAUGAAAAAUUGGGAUCCGAUUACAAAUUUAUUGUUCGGGAUCAAUUAGGUCAUUAUGAACCAAUUGAUCAAAUAGCAGCAGCUAAGAUUUGGAGAGAUAAGUCUUAUGUCGAUCCAGAUAGAAUUGCUAUUUGGGGAUGGUCAUACGGUGGAUUUUUAACUUUAAAAACAUUAGAAACCGAUUCUAUUGAUCAUGUAUUUUCUUUUGGGGUUUCAAUCGCUCCAGUUACUAAAUGGAAAUUGUAUGAUUCUAUUUAUACAGAACGUUACUUAAGAGAACCAAAAGAAAACCCAAUUGGUUAUGAAACAGCUUCAAUUAAUAAUUUGACUAAUUUCAAUAACGUUAAUCGUUUCCUAAUAAUGCAUGGUUCUGGUGACGAUAACGUUCAUUUCCAAAACAGUCUUAAACUUCUAGAUGAAUUCAACCUUGAAGGUAUUGAAAAUUUCGAUUUCAUGGUCUUUCCUGACUCCGAUCAUUCGAUUCGUUAUCAUAAUGGCAAUAUUGUUGUUUAUGAUAGAAUCUUGACCUGGUUAAGAAAAGCCUUCAAUAACGAAUUCCAUUAA